GCGCGGGCAGCCCGGCGGGGCGGGGCGAGGCCUCCGGAGGGCCGGGCUCCCGGCAUCGUGGUCGCGCUCGCCCGCGGCUCUGCCCGCGGCUGCCGUCGGGACGCUUGGCCAUGUCCUGGCGCCGCGCGGUUUCGCCGGGGAGGUGGCUGGUGGCGAGCGGGAGCAGCUUGGCGUGGUGGCGCAGCGCGGCGGGAGCUGCGGGCUCGGGGAUGGGAAACAGCACAUCCUCAUCUGUGGAGAAGUCAGCAACUACUCCUGUGAACCAGAUCCAAGAAACAAUUUCUAACAAUUGUGUGGUGAUUUUCUCAAAAACAUCCUGUUCUUACUGUUCAAUGGCCAAAAAGCUUUUCCAUGACAUGAAUGUCAACUAUAAAGUUGUGGAAUUGGAUAUGCUGGAAUAUGGCAGCCAGUUUCAGGAUGCUCUUCAUAAGAUGACUGGAGGAAGAACUGUUCCAAGAGUGUUUGUCAACGGCACGUUCAUCGGAGGCGCAGCUGACACUCACAGGCUUCACAGAGAAGGGAAGUUGCUGCCGCUGGUUCAUCAAUGUAACCUACAGAAGAGCAAGAGGAAAGCCGUGGAAUGAUGUGGCCAUUCACCGGGACCAGCGAAAUGUUCGUUAACGCAAUUCCGCUUUUUAAUUGUUCGAAGCUGUUUUAAGUGUGUGUACUACCUUCCUAAAGACAACUUCAAAUACUGGACAAUAAAUUACCGUGGACCCCCUCAUCCUCCUCCUGGCCAGUUUUUGAGCAUGAGAUGGUCUGUAAAACUGAAGGGGUGGGGUUACAUCCAGAGUCAAGAAUGGUUAUUAGGGAUUUAUUCAUGAAUUUUACAACGAAGAGGAAGGAAGCCCUUGAAAUUCUUACUCCCUUUAAUGUGUGUGAAUUAACGUACAUUCACUGGCUGUCAGGACUGAGGACUGAUGUGUGAUUUCUCUAAAAUUUAAUGUGGUGUAGAUGUGCAGUAGGCUGGGAUACCAUAGCGGGAUAGCCUUCCUUGUUAUAUUGUAGAUCAUCAGAUGGAAUGAAGUUUAUAGUUGGGAAACCAAACUGCUAAUGACUUCAUGGUUACAGGGAUUUAUAUAUAUAUUUAUAUUGACAGAAGGCAAAAAGGUUUCAGUAGAGUGAGGAUGAACUUUUCGAAAAGUUCAGAAAUGUAUUUAGUCAUGCUGUCAGUUGGAAUGUUCUACCUUUCAGAAUGGGUAACAGCUAUUGGGAAUUUUUUUUGGGGGGGGGCAGAGGUUGGAGAUGAGACAGGGUCAGUCUCUAGCCCAGGCUGGCCUCAAACUCCCAUCAGUCCUCCUGCCUGUUUCCCAAGCUUGGAUUAAAUGCUGAGCCACCAUGCCCAGCCUGGAAAUGUUUAAGGGAACCAGGGUAUUAGAGUUUAGACUAAAGGUCCUUGCUAUGGUUCGAAUGCUCCUCGUCACAGACUUCACGUGUUGGACAUGCAUGAUUACGUCAUGAUAUGGUAAGAGGUGAGGCCUUUAAAAAGUGGUUGAUCAUGAGGGCAGAUAGGUUAGAGCUAUAUUAAAGAUUUAGUUACCACAGAAGGUGGUUCGUAAUAAGAGUUUGUCCCCCUUACCUCUCACACACCCACACUCUUAGCCCUCCUCUCCCUGCAGUGUCCUGCUGUAGCAAGAAAAUCCUCACUAGAUGCCGCUGCCGUAAUCUCAAGCUUCCCAGCCUACGAACUCUAACAAGUAAAUCCCUUCUUCACAAAUUAGUCUCUGGUAUUGUUUCAGCCGUACAGAUGGAGGAGAGUGCCCCUAAAGUCACUUAAAUGUUAUCUUACUAUUUUCUAACCUGGAAGAAGUAGACUUCCAGAGUGAGGGCUUCAGCUUUCUGGUCAAGAUGGCUAAGGAAUCAAGGGGAGUUUGGCGGAAGACAGUGGCCUGCUGUCGGUGAUCUUUCCUACAUGCAUCUCAAACAUUUGGAUACCUUGACACAGCGAGAAGUUAGACUGUUCUCUCCUGGUAGUUCACUUAAGUUGUAAUGUUGGUAGGAAAAGAAAAUGGCAUAUUUUUAUUCCUUUAUUUUGCAUUAUAUCAUGAGAAAUUUUGCUGUUCUAAAACUCAUGUUAGAGAGUAGAGAAAGUUUGUUAUGCAUGAGAAAGGUAAAAAUCGUCACUGUCGCUUUUAUUAAUUAUAUUUAGGUAUAAGGUCAGAGGCAGGUUACUUAGGUGCAUAGCUAUACUGACCAGGUGAUUAUAUGGUACUUGGCUUUGAAGAACUUUCUUGUGGUAAUCUGACUCUGACCUAGGGCCUGAAUGCUUGGCCGGUACCUUACCACUGAACUAUACAACUAAUCCUUACGAAGAAUGUUUCAUUAGUUCUUCUUAGACUUGUGGAAAACAGAGCAUGAGUGGUACUUGUUUUAAGAUGAGCCAUUAUCAGCAGACGGCUCAAAAUCAUCGAAGGUAACAGGAUGUCUUAUCAUUUAUAAUUUUAUUUUAAAAAGAAAUAAACUCUUCCAGUGUUUACCUA